UGAAUUAUGAUUUUUUCUAGGUGUUCCCAGUAAUUUUAGCAAUGGGGAUGGCAGGAUUCACAAAUAAUCACCCAGAAGAUAUUUUUCAGUUAAUGCGACUUCAAUUAGGCCAACCUAAGUGGUUUAAAAAAGUAAUAUUAACGCAAAUAGUAGUGUAUAUUUGCAUAUUUUUUAGUUUAUUAAAGAUUGUUGGACAAGCUAUUAAAGAACCUAUCUCUAAAAAAGUGAUGGUUCUUGGCGAUACAUUAGUUAUUAUAGGAUGUUUAAUGUCAUCUUAUUUUUUAUUACAAAUUCAUAAAGAUUUCAAUAAGCAUGAACUGAUGGUUGGCUCGAUGUCGUAUGCUAUCAUCGGUCUUCUUUUUACGUGUGAUGCAGCUAUUAUGUCUCAUCAAUUAAUUGCAAAAAUGAGACAACGUCGGUAGUUAUAUUCAAUUGGAAAAUAAUUAUUUAAAACUUUUAUUCGUUCCUGAAAUUAAUUUAUACUGUUUUAGAUAAAAUCGUAAUUUAAUAUCAUGUUUACUUUAAAAUACUCAAUCAAAUAUUUUAUUAUGUAAUAAUAC